AUGCAUCACUCUUUGUUUGAUAGCCCAUCUUUUCUCCAAAAGAUUUUGAAAAAGAAAUCUUACAAUCGACCACUCUACACAUCAGAGAUCGUCGCUGAAGUAGGUCCAUGGAAGAAGCAAUUCCAAACAGCUUCCAAGGUAGCGCAGGCCGCUUACAGCAACAGAAAGCCUAAAACUUACAACAUCCGUCAGCCUGAAUUAUCGCCAUCCACGUCCACCAUCACUACAUCAUCUCUGCUCUCUGACUCUGCCAUCAUCAUUCCAACGCCAUCAUGCUCCACACCAUCACAACACCGCUACCAUCAUUACCAGGCACCUGGUGCGCCGGCACCUGCACUUGGGCCACCCUCACGCAAAAGACCUCUCAGCUCGGAAAUCCUCAUCAAAAUCAUGGAUCAGAAACUAAAGCAGCAACAGCAGCCUUUGAUGGCUCCUACCAUGACCAAAUCCACAUCAGCAUCCACUGUCAACACCUUCCAUCCACCUCGUCUCACAGCCAAGAUCCAAUCCACCGUCAGAAAAAACAGCCAUCGCCACCAUCCUCGCACACAUCCUUCCGCAAAGACUGCUUCCGAACCAUCGCACCACCACCACCACCACCACCACCACUACCACCACUACCAACGCAAGAAAUCCAUGGAGACACAACCCCAGCCUUAUGUCUUGACACUCAAUAAUGACGAGCAAGAUCGCAUGGUAGCACAGCACUAUCUUUUAAGAACAGCCUUUGGAUCAGACUUUAAUGCGCCAUUGAAAUCUCAAUUGCAAAAGGGCAUUGUGGUGCUGGACAUUGGCUGUGGGCCAGGCACAUGGACCAUGGAGAUGAGCACUGCAUUUCCCAAAUCCACUUUUAUCGGCAUCGAUCAAAAUGCAUUUUAUCCAAAGGACAUCAAGCCACGCAAUUGCCAUUUUAGAACAUGCGGUUCACUGGUGGUGACGCAUAUUGCACAAACAAUCAGCUUGCCAUUUCCCGAUAAUAGUAUAGACUACAUUUAUCAGCGUGACAUGAACUGGGCUUUUACUGGACAAACAUGGCAGCCGUUAUUGUUGGAAUAUCAACGUAUCCUAAAGCCUGGUGGUUGGAUUGAGUGUGUGGAACCUGAUCUUGAAACACAAAACAGCUUGGAGCAAGAAUGCAUGAUGAACGACACAUUGAUCAAUGGCCUGUCCAUUCGUCAACAAGACCCUUAUGCUGUCCAUCGUUUACCCACUAUGCUUGCCAUAAACGGAUUCAAACGAGUGGAGGAUUGCUCGCAAACAUUUCCUCUGGGCUGGGGAUCAUCGCACUCCAACAACAAUAGUAUUCUAGAGGAAGACCAAGACGAAAAAGAUGUUGCUGAUAAACCACUGUCCAAAGUACCACAACAAGACCGCUGCUCUGAAUUCGCACGAGCCAUGUCUAGUCAAUACCUCUUCUUACUAGAGUCCCUCAAGCCUUGGCUCUCUCAAGUCAUGAACCUUCAUCACGAAAAAUACGACGAAUACAUCUCUGGCUUGCCAGCAGAAUGGAAGCGCGCUAAAACCUACAUUAACUGGCACUGUAUUAUUGCACAAAAACCAUAUAUCUUAUAA